AAAAGGGAGGGAGAGGGAGGGGGAGAGAGAAGGCGAGGGUUUUUGGGAAAAAAAUUAGGGUUCUUCUUGGAGGGGCUGAUUGAGCAUUUCUCUAUCUCUUUGGGUUUGUAAUUAUUUCAAUUUAAAAAAAAAGAAUUCGAAAAUUUUUGGAGAUGUACAUAGCUUCUAUGCGAAAGUCGUUCAAGGACUCUCUGAAAGUUCUUGAAGCUGAUAUUCAGCAUGCAAAUACUCUGGCCUCAGAUUUUCCGAGGGAGUAUGAUGGUGCUUGUGUUCAGAUGAGAAUGUCAUACAGUCCAGCCGCUCAUCUCUUCCUUUUUCUGGUGCAAUGGACUGACUGCAACCUUGCAGGAGCCCUUGGGCUGUUAAGAAUUCUAAUUUACAAGGUUUAUGUGGAUGGCUCAACCACCAUGUCUACCAAGGAAAGGAAAGCAAGCAUCAGAGAGUUCUAUGCUGUUAUUUAUCCCUCUUUAUUGCAACUUCAAGGAGGUGUCACCGAUAGUGAAGAUAAAAGGCAGAAGGCAGUGUGCCUGGAAAGGUAUUGCAAAAGAGAUGAUGAGGAAAGUCGACAGUGUUCAGAUAUCGACAUUGAAAGAGAAGAGGAAUGCGGUAUAUGCAUGGAGACAAAUAGUAAAAUUGUAUUGCCCAACUGCAACCAUGUUUUGUGCCUGAAAUGUUACCGUGAUUGGCGUUCAAGAUCUCAGUCGUGCCCUUUCUGUCGUGACAAUCUUAAAAGAGUGAACUCAGGCGAUCUCUGGGUCUACACCGACAGCAGGGACAUAAUUGACAUGGAAACAGUGAUGACGGAGAAUCUCAGGAGGCUUUUCACGUAUAUAGAUAAGUUGCCUCUUAUUACACCGGAUAACCCUUUUGACUCGUAUGAUUCCCACCUAAGGUGAUCAAUGCGGUCCAAAACCAGUCCCCCGUGGCAAUUUAAUGGACUGGUUUCCUUUCUUUUGAUUACAUAAGGACCGAAAAUUCAUUCGGCGGGUGUAAGAUCUUCCCACUUCUGUUCGGAAGACCCAGCCUGAGUUAUUGUAGGCUGGCUGGUGAAGUUGAGGAGUUUAUAAAUUGUGUGGGGUAAAUUUGUACAUGCUUGUACAGCUUUGAAGUUGGCUUAGUUUUUUACAUACAAGUCCUCUCCUUGUUUCGAAUUGAGUGGUAUGGACGGAGGAACGGAUGGAGGAACUGUUCGGAAGCGGGCAGAGAUGGAAGAACACAAUGUGGUGAGAAUUUCGAGUUGAUGAGAAUACUGAGUUCAUGUUUCUUCGUACCAAGUUGCGACCGAUACACCCAACACUUCGAAGAUGGAUGGGCGUCAACUGUGUUUAUUGUUCCUGAAAUAAUGGACAACUGAACUGGUAAGUAGACUGUUGUUUUACUGGGCGCGCAUGGGCCUAUUGUUCUCAUCAUUUUGUUUGUUAGCAUAUAUUCAUUAGUGCAUGCUUUGAAACAACUAAAUGCAGUUUAAGCCGUGUUUGUCGCUCUUUUGGAAAAGCGUCUAUUUUCAAGGGGCAUUUCGAUUUCAAAUAAGAAUCUUGUGCUUCGAUAAGCGUUUAUGAA